AUGGAAGCCCGGGGGGAGAAAGGGGAGGAGGCUGAGGCGGGGCGGAUCACCUCCCAGCUGUUGAAGGCCAAGACGGGCGAGUUCGACCUGGAGUCCAUCUUGCUGCUGAAGCUGCGAGGGCUGGGCCUCUCGGACCUGGGCUGCCUGGGGGAGUGCUCAAACCUGGAGUGGCUGGACCUGUCCAGCAACGCCAUUGCCCACCUGGGCCCACUGUCCUCCCUGAAGGCCCUGGCCGUCCUCAACAUCUCCUCCAACCGCGUGGCCAGCUUGGAGCCCCUGGCCCACUGCGAAAACCUGCAGAGCCUCAACGCGGCCGGCAACCUCCUGAGCAGCCUGCAGCAGCUGCAGGGCCUGACGGGGCUGCGGCGCCUGGAGAGCCUGCGCCUCAGCAGCCCGGCAGGGGGGCUCAGCAACCCCCUCUGCGCCUCCCUCGGCUACCGCGUCGCCAUGGCCGAGAUGUUCCCCGGAGUCAAGGUGAUCGACGGCGAGAGGAUCUCGGGGCGGGGCAGCGAGCUCUACCAGCUCUGCAAGGAUCUCGACAGCUCCCUCAAGCGCUUCCCCAGUGGUGGCGGGGCCGGCGUCACGGAACUCGUGGGCUCGGCCAAGCCGUGGGUGGCAGAGGGCUACUGGGACCUGCGUCCCGCUCGCCGGAGCUCCAUCGUGGAAGAGGCCUACAAGCAGUUCAGCGAGGUUCUCCAGGAGUGCAGAGAACUCAGCAAGCGAGCAGACGACACCAUUUCCCAGGCGGAGAGGGCCCUGAACAUCCGCCCGGACUCCAGCUCCUAUGUCUUUUGAGUGACCCUGGGCCCCGAGACCCUUCCC